AUGCAAGUGAUGAUACCGAGCCAGGUGCUGAUACUGUCCGUCUACAUCCUGACCUUCCUGAUUGGCCUUCCUGCGAACGUCCUCUCACUCUGUGCCUUCAGCGUCAAGGUCCAGAGCAAGGCCACGCCCACCGACGUCCUGCUGCUCAACCUGACGGUGUCGGACCUCCUCUUCCUGCUCAUCCUGCCGCUGAAGAUGCACGAGGCUGCGUCCGGCAUGCGCUGGGACCUGCCCUACUUCCUGUGCAGCGUCACCUCCCUUGUCUUCUACUCCACCAUCUACACCAGCUCCCUCCUGCUGAUGGCCGUCAGCGUGGACCGCUUCCUGGGCGUGGCCUUCCCUAUUCACUACAAGCUGCUGCGAAAGCCCGUCUACGGCGUGGUGGGCGCCGCCAUCGCCUUUGUGUUCGGCUCUGCCGGUUGCAGCAUCGUCUUCAUCGUCCAGUACCUGCAGCAGAGCAACUCCUCGGUCGACACCUCCGUCUGCUAUGAGAACUUCACGCCGAGGCAGCUGGCGGUCCUCCUCCCCGCGCGGCUUUAUGUGGCCUCCGUCCUCUUCCUCGUCCCGCUCCUGGUCUGCGCCUUCUGCUACCUGAGCUGCAUCCGUCUCCUGUACGCCCGCCCACGGAUCUGCAGCAGGAAGCGGCAGAAGGCCGUGGGCAUGGCACUGGGCACGCUGCUGGUGUUCGUGGUCUGUUUCCUGCCCUACAACCUCUCCCACCUGCUGGGCUACCUGCACGGGCAGAGCCCCUCCUGGAGGUACUACACCGUUCUCCUCAGCACUGCAAACACCUGCCUGGACCCCAUCAUCUUCUACUUCUCCUCCUCCACCUUCCAGGCCACGGUUAAGCACUCCCUCUACAGGCUGCUGCGGUGCCGGCGCCAGACCGAUUUAUCGGCAAAUGAUCCAGUCAGAGCAGAGAUGUCUGUGCUGCAUCCCACCUCAGAUGCCAUUUUUAUGAAUGACAAACCAGAUGGUCAUCUAGGUAUUCAUAUGCAAAUAGAGAGAAAGGUGUGA